UCAAGUGUCUGAAUAAUAAAGCAGUAGGUGGACUCGGCUUCUCUGCAACCUGAAUCAUGGGCUCCAACUCACUUGGGUGUCCUGUAGUUGCAGACAUGAGAUUCCUGUCUCCUCUCUCUUUCAUGUACUUAAACAAGUUCAUUUACCACAACUAAAUCCAGAAUACCCAUUUUUAUUGCCUAUUCUCAGUAAGUUUCAUUCAUUUCAACAACUCCACUCACAGUCAGUACUGCUGCAGCUAUCCUCUCUCUAUCCCUCUGCAAAAUCCCACAACUCAGUGUUAUCAUCUCCAUCUGCUGUAAAGUUUCAUCCAUUAUCACAACAACACAUUAAGAAGAGUUAGCUUUUGCUUUUGGUCACCAAAACAACUAUAACUGCAGUUGGUCACCCUCUCUAUUUCCUCUUUAUCACACUAUGAAUAUGUAGUCUAAGUUUCAUAAUCCGUUCAGCAAAAUACCAUGAGUUUCAGUGCAAGUUAUCUUCUUUUUUCGGCCUUCAUUUGUGUUCUUGUUCCUGGCAUUCCUUCUCUUGCUCUCAACACAGAUGGGAUUCUUUUGCUUUCUUUCAAGUACUCAGUCCUCAGUGACCCAUUAUCCGUCUUGCAAGGAUGGAACUACGAUGACCAAACACCGUGUUCUUGGAAUGGAGUAACUUGCACUGAAAUCGGAAACCCGGGUACGGCAGAUAUGUUCAGAGUCACCGGUUUGGUCCUCCCUAACAGUCAGCUUUUGGGUUCAGUUUCAGAAGACUUGGGCUUUAUUGAGCACCUUCGCCAUCUUGAUCUUUCCAACAACUUCUUUAAUGGGUCUUUGCCUGUUUCAGUCUUUAACGCUACUGAGCUACAGGUGUUCUCUCUCUCUAACAAUGUGAUUUCUGGCGAGUUGCCUGAGAUAAUCGGUGAAAUGAGAAACUUACAGGUGUUGAAUCUCUCUGAUAACGCGUUGGCUGGGAAAGUACCUCAAAAUUUGACAGCUUUGCAGAAUCUAAGUGUUGUUUCUUUGAGAAGUAAUUAUUUUUCUGGUAGUUUGCCAGGUGGGUUCAGUUCAGUUGAAGUGUUAGAUCUGUCGUCAAAUCUAUUUAAUGGGUCACUUCCUUUAGAUUUUGGUGGUGACAGUUUGCGUUUCUUAAACCUUUCUUACAACAAGAUUUCCGGUUCAAUAUCACCAGAAUUCGCCAAACAAAUCCCCAAAAAUGUCACCAUUGAUUUAUCCUUCAACAACCUAACCGGAGCCAUUCCACAAUCUCCCCCUUUGCUUAAUCAGAGAACAGAAUCCUUUGCCGGGAAUGUUCAACUUUGUGGGAAACCACUAAAGAACCUUUGUUCAAUUCCUUCAACUCUUUCUACACCACCGAAUGUUUCAAGUGCAUCACCCGCAAUUGCAGUCAUACCACGCCCACUGGACUCAGUUCCAGUGACAAACUCACAAAAUACACCACCAAAUGCGGCCUCUCAAAAUCAAUCUUCUAAAAAUGGUCUAAAACCAGGCACAAUAGCGACAAUAGCCGUGGCGGAUUUGGCGGGUAUAGCAUUACUUGCUCUAGUAAUUCUUUACUUGUACCAAAUCAAGAAGCGAAAAGGGCUCGUAAACUCAACAACAACAACAACAGAUUCAACCAACCCGGAAAAGAAAAAACAGCCACAAGAGACAAUACUCACAAAAACAGAAAAACCAGCGACAUGGUCGUGCCUAACCGUACAAGGCGAAGAGACAUCAGAAGCCACAACGAGCUCAGACAGUGACCAAGAUAAUUACAACAACGAAGACACAAAAGUUAAUCAGCGAAAGGCCAGAGGGGGCAUACUGGUAACAGUUGAUGGGGAGAAUGAGCUGGAGCUUGAGACAUUAUUCAAGGCAUCGGCUUAUAUUUUGGGUACAAGCGGUUCAAGCAUAAUGUACAAGGCGGUGCUCGGAGAUGGUACUGAAUUUGCAGUGAGGAGGAUUGGAGAGAGUGGUGUUGAGAGAUUGAAAGAUUUUGAGAGCCAAGUGAAGGCCAUUGCCAAGUUGAAGCAUCCGAAUUUGGUUAAGGUUCGUGGGUUUUACUGGGGAGAUGAAGAGAAGCUUGUUAUCUAUGACUAUGUCUCCAAUGGCAGCCUCGCUACUGCUGGUUACAGAAAAGCAGGAUCAUCACCCUACCAUCUUCCUCUAGAAAUCAGGCUGAAGAUAGCAAGAGGAGUAGCCAAGGGACUCGCCUACAUUCAUGAGAAGAAGUCCGUGCAUGGCAACGUUAAGCCCACCAACAUCCUCUUAAACUCAAACAUGGAACCACUAAUAAGUGAUUUAGGUCUCGAUCGCCUCCUUUCUCCAAGCAGAACAAGUUCCAAAUCCAGCAAUUCAUCCCUCCUUUUCGGCAGCCAAAGAUCAACACUAACAGCCGCAUACGACCACCACCCUACCACUUCUAGUCCUUACGCACCUGCAGGCCCCUCCGGGAGUUCUACGUCACCGUAUCAAGCGCCCGAGUCCCUAAAGAACCUCAAGCCGAACCCUAAAUGGGAUGUCUUUUCAUUUGGGAUUGUUUUACUUGAGCUUCUAACUGGGAGGGUGUUAUCAGAGCCGGAGUUAGGACAAUAUUGCACUGCCAGCUCAGUUUCGGAGGAGAAAAAUAGGAUAUUGAGGCUGGUGGACGUGACGAUUAGGGGUGAUGUGGCAAGCUGGGAAGAUGCCAUGCUGGCAUGCCUGAAGCUUGGGUUUAAUUGUGCUUCUUUUGCACCACAAAAGAGACCUUCAAUGAAAGAAGCGCUACAAAUCCUGGAAAAGAUUCCAAGUAAUUGUUGAGGGUAGUGAUGUGUUUGGGUCCUACAAAAGUGUUUUUUGUUGGAUUAAAGUGUUUUUCUACGGUUGUUUUGUUGACUUGAAUGUUGCAUAAAGAGCAGAAGCUAGGAAUAUUGUUGAUAAGAGAAAAGUGAUGUAUGUCUGUAUGUUUGACUCUAAUUAAUUAAUGAAAUGUUAUU